AUGUACUUUACUUCUUCCUAUGAGGGACGGAGCCCGGGUAUAGAGCUCAUACAUGAGAUACAUCACAUUAUUCUACUCUCUAUUAAAAAAGGGUCUAUUUUAUCAGACAAACGCCACCAUGAAGGAAUUGAAAUUUUGGUUUUAUUUUUGCAGCAAAAUAUGGUGGUCAAGGUAACCACGAAUGGCCAGAAGUCCCGAUCCAAGGCCUUGGUAACUGCAGUCGGCCUCUCAGGGGUGGAGUCUGCUUCGUUGAAAGGCGAUGACUACAGCCAGAUAGAGGUAACAGGGGAUGGGGUGGAUCCAGUUCUGCUAACACGUCGGCUAAGAAAGAGAGUGGGACAUGCAGAGCUGGUGAGCGUGAGUGCCGCAGGUGGUGAAAAGAAGGAGGAGAAAGCGGUGGAAGAGCCACCGGCCACGCCGCAGUAUGUCUGGCAGCCGUAUGUCCCGCCGCCGUAUGUCUGUACGCCAUAUAAUCAACUUUAUGAAGUGCACGAUAUGCCACCAAAUGACCCCUGCUGCUGCAUCAUGUAAUUUAGAGACAGAAUUUCACAGGGGAUAAUAAAAGCCACUGAUGCCAUGACUGAAGAAUUUAAAUUGUCUGCAGCUCAUUAUCAUGUCAAAAAAAGUGUUUCAUUUAUAUCCUGGGGAUGUAUAAAAGUUAGACAGGCAAUAGUUUAUCAUGCAUGGUGGGAAAACAAGGGGUGGGAGAGGGCUGUGGUGGGCUGGGUUUUGUGAUAGUGAAAAUCCAAUAAAGGUGUUGGUUGAUGUGUCCUAUUUUGAAUAAUUACAUAUUGUUAAUUCUGGAGUGAAAUUUCAGGUUCUCAUCUCUGUUUCAUUCUGUGUUUUCUCAUUCUGUUACAUAUUAUUAUCUUAUAUACUGGUAUUUGAGUUCUUAAACUCCACAAUUAUCUGAAGUUAAUGAUAUCCUUAUUUCUAAUUCAUGAACAAAUAUGUCAAUUAUCAAAUCCAUUUGCAAAGUUUAAGAAUUUUAAUAA